AUGGCUCGCUUGCCAUCGUCGCAUGGCAGCUUGGAUGGUGGUGAAGCGGCGAUGCCGGAUGUGGCAACGUCCGCUGCAGCGGAGGAGGACGAGGACCCCUUCGACUCUGACGAGUUCAGAGAGUUUCUUCGAGAACGUCGAGCACGUGGUGGACGCAGCGCCGAGGUGGGGUCCAUGUCAGCUAGACCAGUGACUAGCCGAGGAAAUCGCCGAGGCGAUGAUGAUAGUGAUGAUGACCGCCAUCACAGAGGUGGAGGCGGUGGACAACCUCCCGAGUGGGAUGGAGUGAGUCAAUCCUUCCAGGAUUGGCUCAUCAAAUGCCGACUCUGGAUCGCAACGACCAGAGCCAAACCCAAAGCGCAGGGCCCGCUCAUACUACAGCGACUGUCUGGAGUGCCAUUCCAGGCAUUCAAGCACUGGGCAAAGGAUGCAGCAUGGCUGAACAAUGAGCAGGGAGGAAACUUGCUCUUGGAGGCUAUGAACCAGCCCGAGAACUUCGGAGAAGACCGGGAAGAAGAUCUUCUGGCUUCACUCUCCAAAGUGACCUACCAUAUGAAGAGAGGCAAGGAUGAGUCUCUCAGAGGCUUUUGGAGCCGCUGGGAAGAAGCGCUCCGGAAGGUGAAGGAGCAUCAAGUGCUUCUUCCGGACAAGUACCUGGGUUUCCUCUUAAUCCAGGCUCUUGGACUCGGAGACUCUGAGAUUAAGAACCUCCUUUCCUUCACCAGAGGAUCGAUCCUACCAACGGAUGUGAGAGAAUGGGCCAGGAAGCACGAGAUGAAGUUGAUGGCCAAGGACGUGGGGAUCGAGAAGGAGAAGCGUACUGGCGCUUCUGGGAAGGCCUCUACGGGGGCAUACUACGUGGAGGACGAGGCGGCCCCCGAUGAGAUCCACCUCAUGGAGGACGCGCUCUACGAGCUCCAGUCCGAGGACGCGGAUGAAUAUGAGGGGGACGACUCCCAGGUGCCAGAGGAUGAGAUCUUGGAUGAGCAUGAAGUUGCCGAAGUCCUGAACACUAUGAUUCACCGGAAGAAGACCUUUGUUCAGAGCGCAAGGAUCAAGAAGGCCAAGGAACUGGCGAGAGGCUAUGGAAACUGGAAAAAGUCGAACACGAGCAGCUCUGGCAGCCAAGGCAGUUCGAACAACAUGUCUAUGACCGGACGACUUCGAGGAGGAAACUACAAGAUGUCCAUCGAGGCCUUGAAGGCUACCAGUCGGUGUUCCAAAUGUGGACAGGUUGGCCAUUGGCACAAAGAUGCUCAGUGUCCGAAAAACCAGAACAAGAAGGUGACGCAGGAAACCCAUUACAUCGAGAAGGACACUGGGCCGACCAACACUGAGGAAGCGAUCUUCUGCGGCUUCCUGAUGGACGAGAACGAGGUGUCGGAGGACUACAAAGUCGUCGAGCCCAACAAGUUCCCUGGUGAUGACGGUGGAGCAUUUCGUCUACACCCGGGAGAUCCGCUACAUGGUCCUCUUGGUCGAGAUGGUGGAUUUGACCUUCAUCACGGACAUCAUCUACCGAUGCUGGAUGAUGGAAAUGGAGCGCACGAACCUCGUUCGGGAGAUCGACAACUGAGUGACGCGUCGCUGACUGAGCCAAGAACCGCACUUGAUCUGAAUCUCAAGGACUUUCAAUCGGAAGUCCCGAAUUUUGACAAUGGACCGGCCGAUAUUGGCGCAUAUAUGUCCGACAGCACACUGGUAGGGAAGGUGGUUGGUGAUUUAGGUGUUUUUGGUUGUGGGGUUGAGUCUGAAGCUGUGAGCCGUGAAAUUUUCUGGAGUGAGAGAGUUGGUAACCUGGACUCCCAAGAUCCUAAUGAAGACCUAUGUGGAACCAUUGAUACUGGAUGUCAAAGGAUGGCUAUUGGAUUGAUGACCUUGAACAAACUUCAACAAGCCAUGCCCCAUGAACUGCAGAUUGGAACCUUGCGACAGGAAUAUCGUUUCAAAUCGGUACAUGGGAAGUCCAGCACCUCACAUGUGGCGACGAUCCCUACAAGCAUUGGCAAGAAGGGAAGCAUCCUCAAACCGGCAAUUUUUACUGGUGAACAUUCUGAACAAGCACCGUUUUUGAUUUCCCUUCCUUUUCUCAUGGCAUGUCGGACUGUCUUGCACCUAGAUCCUAGCCGUGGCCUUAGAGCGUAUUUCAAGAAAUUCGGUUUUUCAGUUAACCUUCACAUUGGGCCGACCGGGGCACUUCGUAUUCCCUUGACAGGUUUUUCUCAGGAGCAACUAAGACAUCUUGAAGAGGUCCAAAAGGAAGUACUUGAAAGUCAGGAAGAAUUUGAGGUGCUGCGCACCACAGCCUUUGCCCAAACUCCGGCCCCUGACGUUUCACUAGCCCGAUCGACUGUUCUUACUGAACGCCAUGGAGUCCAACAAGCGAGUGAGGCCCGAGCUGCCGACGUGGGCGGCCCCCGAGCGUGCGUGGACGCGCAUGGUGCUCAAGUUGCUCUUCCUGAUGGCCCGCAUGACGUCGAUGCUGGUGGGACUACUUCAUGGACGAGACCUACAGGCGACGGAGGAAGUGGACGAGGAGCGCCCGAAGAAGAAGCAACCUUUCAGCAUUUGGCCCCUGCCACGCGACCUCAAGGGGACUCUAUCCGAAGUGGCGGAUUCGGACUGCGGGUUCAGUGUGGUCUCGGCAACGCCCCAGUGAAUCCGGUGACACCGCUGGCGUUGGAUGCGGAGCACUACAUGUCGGAGGGCGUGGAGACGGACUUCCCACUAUGUGCGCACGGCGAGAUCUGCGACCUAUGGAUGUGCCGGAAGGAGAAUCAAAACUUCCAGAGGAUGUUCUGGCGGUGCCCCCUUCCUCGAGGACGUCAGUGCGAAAUGUUUCAAUGGGCGGCACAUCAACCACAUUGGAAGGACCCGGAUGCCGAAUCAACCAAGAGUCGGAACACCAAGUCCACCGGAUACUCUCCGGGGAGUGCCCGUCCGUACGGAUCGGCGGGAGCGGCAUCAAGCACUCCAUUGACGACGGCAUCCGUGACUCCGCCCAUGCAGGAAGGGAGAGAACUACGUCAACAUCUAUGUCCUCACACCGGGACGAAAUGCCGAUCGGGCACCAACGGAACGUGGGAAAAGGUCAAGUGCAACGACUGCGGCAAGGUGCUGGUGAAUCGUCGGAAGACAGAGGAGGAGCAGCAGAAGCCCAAGCCGGAGGCGAAGUCGAAGGUCGUGAAGGAGAAUGCCACCUCUUCGGCGGACCAGGUGCAGAUGCAGCGCGAGGAGAUGGAGGAGUUCGAGGCCUUCAAGGAGUUUCGUCGUCUCCGUCGUUGCCAAGAGCCGGAUCCCAAGGGACAUGAUUUGUUGGAACAUGGCACGAGGCAGGAGGAAGUGGCCUCGUAUGGAGGCAGCUUUGUCAUCGAGCAUCCCCUGACAUCUAAGGCAUGGUCGGAAAGAGUCCUUCAACGCUUGAUGGUAUGCGACGACGUCUACUUGGCCAAGGGCGACCAGUGCAUGUUUGGACUCCAAUCACGAGAAGGCAUUCCCCGACGGAAGAGCACUGGAUGGUGUACAAAUUCCCCAGAGAUCGCGACGGCGCUAGAGGUCAAGUGCGAUGGACAGCAUUCCCAUGACAUGAUCAUUGGGAAGGACGGCAAUGAGAACAAGUCCAAACAAGCUCAAUGCUAUCCUGCAGGAGUGGUACAAGCAAUUAUUCGAGGAUACAAGCGGGACAUCAAGGAGGAGCUCCUACACAUCGACUUCGUCAAAGUUGGACACCUUCGACGUGACUGCCUUCACCUACAGCGCAUCAAGAAUGAGUUAGUGACCACGAAUGAGUUCGUCUCUGAGUAUGACAUGAUGGCUGCGGAGGAGGACACCACGGAAGAGCAGGAGGACAUUGUGGAGCCGGACGCGGUUGAGGAGCUUCCUGAGGAGACUGUAGAAGGACGAGCAGAGAAACCGAGGUAUCUCCCCAGAGAACGACCUUUCUCAUUGCGACAGUUGAUCAAAAGGGCUCACGACGGACUGGGACAUCCAGCCAAUGACAGGCUUGUGAGGAUCCUGCGGCAUGCAGGAGCGAGCUCCGAGGCCAUUGAGCAGGCUAGGCGGCAUCAAUGCGCGGUCUGUGCCAGACACGAGAAGGUCAAACCACCAAGACCUGCAGCCCCACCUCGUCAGUGGCAAGUGAACCAAGUGGUUGGGGUUGAUACGGUCUGGCUUCCCACUUUGGGAAAGAAAACUCGAAUGGCCUUGAAUAUUGUCUGCUGGGCGUCACGGUUUCAGAUGGUGAUCCCUUUGGAGAGCCACACACCAGGUGCAGCUCGAAGAGCCUAUCUUCAGUGGCUGCGUUUCUUUGGACCUCCUGAACGUGUCUACGUUGACCUCGGCAAGGAGUUUCAGGGCGCCUUCGUCUUUGGAGCUGAGGUCGAUUCCACCUACUAUGAGCCAUCAUCCUUGGAGAUGCCAACUCAACGCAGCAUUACCGAACGAGCCGGCAAGACUUUCAAGGAGGUAUUUUCCAAGGCUUUGGAACACCAUACGUGCGUCGAUGAGGAGGAGUGGCGACAUUUGGUGGAUAUUACAAUGAUGACCUGUAACAGGUUGAUGAACAAGUCCGGUUACAGCCCCAUUCAACGAGUUCUUGGUUAUUCACCUCGAGUACCCGGAGGUUUGGUUACAGGAGGAGCCGAUGACUUGGCCACUUUGGGACAGGCAUCUGGAGGCGAUUUAGCCAUUCAAACAGCACAGGCGAUGAGACUGGCUGCUGCCCGUGCAUUCCACGAAGCGGACUGUUCGCAAGCACUGAGGAAUGCUCUACAUGCCGGACCCAGACCACAACGUGACUUUGAGGUUGGACAGUUGGUGUAUUUCUGGAGAAAAGGGAUGGAUCGGGCCUUGAAGGACAAGCCGUUUUUCUGGCGGGGCCCUGCUCGAGUGGUACUUACAGCACAGCCUACCACGGUCUGGCUAUCCUACAGGGGACACAUCGUCAAGGCGGCCCCGGAGCAUUUGAGACAUGCCAACGAGGAGGAGCAUCUGUCGCUCUCGAAAUGGAUUGACGACAUUGCCAAGACAAAAGAAGAACUGGAACAAACACCACGACAAGGCUUCAUCGACCUCACCAAGGAGGAACUGCCCAUGGAUGAAGAUCGUCAACAAGCACUGGAGGACUAUGCGGACGAGGUAAUACCCCGUUUGAGAAUGAGACAGAAAACGAAGGCAGCAGAGGUCGUGCAAAGAGACGGACCCGAUGAAUGGCGCUACAAUCCCACGACCGGAGAGCUGGUUCGGAUCCAUUACAACCUGAGGAAGAACAAGUUCAACCCCGAGGAGGCAAGCCAUGAUUGUCCUGUUCAGACCAGUGAGAUUGGACCAAAGAGGAAGACCGUGAUGAGAUCCUUAGAUGGAACGACCGUUGAUGAAGAGGAGGACCACUGGCAACCCGGACAAGCAGAACCAGAAGGUCAAGUAGAAUGGGUUGGCCGAUCUAUCUUCAGUACUAUUCCGAGGCCUCAACAGCCACCAGAGGCGGGGGAAAGACGAGUUCGACCUCGACUGGAGGAGCAGGAACAUGAGAAUCGAGGAGUACCCCAUGAAGCAGAGGAGACUGAGACCCCCAACGAACCUAUUUUUGAGGAAGUGACGAACCCCACGGUGGCGGAACCAUAUGCCAGUCAGGAUGAACAAGAAAGAAGAAGCCACCGGACCCGGACAUGGUCCGGCCCUGAAGAGGAGGAAGAUCGACCAGCGAAGAGGUUGAGGACGGAAUUUCUGGAAGUCUACAUGCAGACCCUGGAGAAGGCCAUCGCCAACAAGCUCAAGAAGGAGAUUCUCUACAAGCACCUUACGGCGGAGAUGCGGACAAAGUUUGACCGAGCCAUUCAGAAGGAGAUCCAGAACAACAUCGAAUCAGGAGCAUAUGAGAUUCUGGAUCGAACAACCUCUGAAGAAGUCCGCCGAACCAAAGCCGAGAAGAUUGUCCAAUCCCGAUAUGUGCUGACGGAGAAACCGAUUGAGGUCGAAGACAUCGAGAAGGCCAAGACGGAAGGAGUCUUAAUCAACAAUGAGGGAGAAGCCAGCAGAAAGGCAAAGGCCAGGCAUGUGAUGAAGGGAUUCAGCGAAGAGAACUCUGAAUACUUAGAAGUGACAACACCUCAAGUAGGACGAGAAACUGUCCUAUUUUCUCUUCAGAUACUGGCGAGCCUCGGAUGGAUCCCAGGCUAUCUCGACUUCACACAGGCAUUCCAUUCUGGGGAUGCCCUACAACGGGAGAUCUACGCAGAAUUACCUCAUGAAGGCCUACCCGGAUGUCACCCUCGGCAGUUGUUGAAGCUCAAGAAGUGUUGUUAUGGAUUACUGGAUGGCCCCUUUCAGUGGUUCAAUCAUCUCCAGCGGAUUCUGACGCAGGAACUUGGCUAUGAAGCCAGUGUGGCGGACCCAUGCCUCUUUUUGCUAUUUGGAGAAGGACGUAAGCUUCGAGGCAUUGUCUCGGUCGCUACAGAUGACCUACUACAUGGUGGAGAUGAACUACACUGGGAGAAAAUGCGAUGGCUCAAUCAACACUACCGAUUGGGCAAAUUUAGCCAGGGAGACGGAAGAUUCGUGGGCAAGGAGAUCAAGUACAAGGAGGACGGCAGUAUUCUGAUCCAUCAGCCGCUCUACACCAAGGAGAAGAUCAAGGAGAUCCCAAUUGGACGAGAACGCAAGAGCAGAAAAAUGUCACUCUGUUCCAAGGAGGAGAUCACUCAACUUCGUGGUCUACUCGGAUCUCUAGCGUGGCUGAGUAAAGAAACCCGACCCGACCUGGCAGGUCGGACGGCCCUCCUACAACAGAGCAUGCCAACUCCCUAUAUCCAGGAUUUGCUGGAGGCAAAUGCACUUGCUCGAGAGGCCCUCAAGACUCCGGAAGUGGGGAUAGUGAUUCAACCGAUCCCGAUCGAAAGAUUGAGAGUGGGAACGAUCACUGACGCCUCUUGGGGAAACGUGAAGAGCGAGGAGCAAGAGGAGUCAGAGCGUGACUACUGGAUCGAAGAAAAGGACAGGUGGAUUCGAAAGCACGUACAACCACGACGACUCCUUUUUCAUCCAGGCUCAGCUCACGGAGGACCAGAUCUCUAUGAGAUACAGAAUAACCGGACCACCAUCUUUGAUGAUCAACUAUCUAGUCGUGAAGACCAAUGGAAUCACCGAGAAAGCCAAGACUUGAUCGGACAGAAAUCGUGGACUGGGAGGACGGUAUUUCUGAAGAAGAAUGCAGAGAAGGGGAAGAAGGAAACCAUCAACGAGCGAUAUCUACAAAAUCAACGAUUAGCAAGCCAAGGUGGUUACAUCACCUUCUUCUAUGACGAGCGCAUGGAAGUGGAGGAGGCCGCCUUCCCGAUAUCCAUCAUCACAUGGAAGAGUUACAAAGUCAAAAGAUGCACAGUGAACACCUUGUCAGCGGAGUGCCAGGCAAUGAUUCAAGGAGUGGGGUCAUUACACUGGAUUCGAGCUCUUCUAGAAGAAAGCAAAGGUGUGGUCCUCAAGCUGGACCAGUGGGAGGAGCAGGUCGCCGCUACUCCGUUCAUUGCCAUCACCGACUCCAAGAGCCUCUACGACACCGUGUCCAAGUGUCGCAACACGGCUUCACAUAUCAACGACAAACGCACGGCAAUAGAUGUGAACCAGUUUGGCGAAUCAGCCCGCGGCACGGUGGAGGCCGAAGUGGGACGCUUUCUGCGCCGCGGGAUCCGUGGGUCGAGAUCCCAGAGAGCGGCGUUGGUCAAAGAUACCAACUGCAUCGCCAUGAAACCACGAGGUCGAGCGUUUCGCUUCGCUCGCUGGCUUCCUCCUGUGGCUCUGGCGUUGAGCGUCUUCAAGAGCUCUAGCUCAGGGUUCGCGGCGAAGCUCGGCUGGCCUGGGCCACCAGGCCCGCUGGGUGCGGCCAGAGGUGUCGAACAGCCUCAAGGGUGGAAAGCUGUGGAGGUGAUGUUGGCUGAUUUAGGCAUCCAAGAAUCCAAGUCCCAGGUCAAUGGCGUUUGGGAGAAAAUGCUGCGGCGGUAUGCGCCUGGAGUACUGGUCUUCGGUGCUGAGUACUGCGGCCCUUGCAAGGUGGAGCCGUUGCAGCACUUGUGA